AGAUGGAGCAGAAGAAACAGCUGAUUUCACACUGGAUUAACACCGACCCACUGGCAAGCUGGAGGAGACUCAUUUGGGCACUAGAUCGAAUGAGAAGAAACCAAGAUGGCUGACUCCAUAAGAUCCUAUGCUGAACCUCUCACUGAUGACAGUCUCACUCCACACACACUGCUACCUGCUGUGUCCUCUGUGAGACAGUUCUGGAGGAGAGAUGAUGAUGAUGGGUGGGCUGCUGGAGGGGCUUGAUGUCCCCUACUCAGUGAUGGAUGAUAUCAGGGCCAGUCCAUCACACCCAACUGAAGAGGAGAAAAGGAUUGCAGGUCUACAGUACUACCUCCAGACCCUACCUGGUGCAUCAUGGGAGGAGAUAGCUGGAGUAUUAUGGUUCAUGGAGGAGCACACAGCCCUGGAGGAAGUCAGACAGCAUCUACCACCUACAUAUGGUCGCAACAAGGCCAAGAAGAUCUACGAGAGGAGAUGA